AUGGAAUCAAAUGGUUUUAAGUCUUCCUUGUGGACACAUCCAUUCAUAAAUUCGGAGUGUUCUAGUCACGAAAUGUCAAAAACAAGGAAUGGAAAUGGCUGUUAUGUAGACUUCACAAAUCCUGAAGAAGCUGCACGGUGGUCUAAUGCUCUACGUAAUUUACUUGCAACAUCUGGUAUUGAUAUAUUGAAGUUUGAUGCAGGAGAAAAUGAGUACAGAACAUCUAGAAGAAGUCAAGAAUUUGCACGUCUUUUAAGAAUGAUAUAUCGUAAUUCUCGGUGGGAUUUCCAACGUGGACUACCCACAUUAAUAACAUAUCUGGUACAUUUGAAUAUGGUGGGAUAUCCGUUUGUAUUACCCGAUAUUAUCGGUGGAAACGGUUACUAUGACUCACAAUACCCUUCUAAAGAGAUGUAUGAAAGAUGGAUGCAAGCAAAUGUAUUCACGUCAGUUGUACAGUUUUCGUACACACCUUGGGAUUUUGAUCAGCAGGUGACUAUGUUUAACAAGUUUAAAAAAAAAAGCUAUUAA